UUCAUGCAGGAUACUCAUAUCUAUAGCAGCAGCCCCAGCGCCAAGAGCUCAGCUGGGAAGAAGACUGCUCCUCAGUGCUGGGGUGUCCUCUCCCCUGCUCCUGUGUGACUGAGCUGAUAAUGUGCUAUCAGAGCAAGGAGGACACUAUAUAGAGGGGCUCCCCUCUGCUCUCAGCAACUCUGCAACUUUGCACUCUCUUGGAAUCAUCUUGCUUGCUCUGCUGUUUCUAAUUUGCUGUCAUCAGAAGGAGUUCGUUGAGAUAUUUCCCAAAAGGAUCCUAUAAUCCACCCACAGGACGGCAUUGCAAAGAGGGCUUUUUCUUCUUCAGAACUGUGGGGAAAAAUGAAUGGGCCUGCAGCUUCAAGCCUGCUCUUCAACUGCUCAAAUCAAUCAAAUUUCAGUUUGGAAACCUCAGAGCAAUGUGGCAAAGAGACACAUCUUGAGAACAUGAUUUUUGCCAUUUUCUACUUUCUGGACUUCAUCCUGGCUUUUGCUGGCAAUGCCCUGGCUCUCUGGCUUUUCAUCCGGGACCAGAAGUCAGGCACACCUGCCAACAUUUUCCUGAUGCACCUUGCUGUGGCUGACCUGUUCUUUGUGCUGGUACUCCCUACCCGGCUGGUGUACCAUUUUUCUGGUAACCACUGGCCAUUUGGUGAGAUCCCAUGCAGACUCACAGGUUUCCUUUUCUACCUCAACAUGUAUGCCAGUAUCUAUUUCCUGAUGUGCAUCAGCGUUGACCGUUUCCUGGCCAUCGUGCACCCGGUGAAGUCCAUCAAGCUCCGCAGGCCCCGCUAUGCCCACGUGACGUGUGUAUUCCUGUGGGUCAUUGUUGGGGUGGCAAUGGCACCUCUGCUGCUCAGUGUGCAGACUGUCCAGAUGAAAAACACAACUGUGUGCCUGCAGCUCUACAGAGAAAAGGCCUCACGCCACGCCCUUGUGUCCUUAGCAGUGGCAUUCACCUUCCCCUUUGUGACUACUGUGACCUGCUACUUACUCAUCAUCCAGAGCCUGAAGAGCGGGAACCGAGUUGAGAAACACCUGAAGGAAAAAGCUGUCAAAAUGAUCAUCAUGGUCCUGAUGAUCUUCUUAAUUUGCUUUGUACCUUACCACGUCAAUCGCUUCAUUUAUAUUCUCCACUACAACGGGAGCAGAGCUUCCUGUGAAACGCAGCGUCUGCUGGCCCUCAGCAACCGCGUCACCUCCUGCCUCACCAGCCUCAACGGGGCCUUCGACCCCAUCAUGUAUUUUUUUGUGGCUGAGAAAUUCCGUGAGGCUUUGUGCAAUCUGUUUUGUAUUAAAAAGACCAUAAUGUUGCCUCAAACAUAUGAGGGUAAGACAAAUGAAAGCUCACUAAGUGCUAAAUCUGAACUGUGAACAUGACUCUUGUCAGUGCUUCAUCUUAAGAACACUCUCUUCCACCAAAAUCAUCUGAGAGCACAAAUAUGCAGCAAGACAGUCCAACCAGAGUCAAACUCAUCCUGAAAAGGGAAGUUCUGUUGUUUUUAUGGGGCUGCCAUUAACAAGAACCCCUUGACCAUAGAGAACAUGUGUGUUUGUGUUGCUGAAACUGCAAACAAAAGGACAGUUCUACUGGUUUCCAAGAACUGAAACUGAGGGGUGAGCACUUAGGAAUAGGGAAGGGAGACAAUGAGGGAAAUGGACCCAUGUUUUUUUUUUACAUAACUGAAUUCCCAAAGCACUCAGUGAUUCCUCUGUGCAAUGCAUACAGCCUUAUUUAAAAUGUCACACUCUGCCAGCAGUAGAGAUCCACUCCUGAGACAGACCUGCCUGAUGAAAAAACCUCCACAUUUGCACAUCUUGUUCAAGUUUCUCAAUUCAAAGUGUUUAUAUGUAAUAGAGAGAAAAUUGGUACUAAAUGGUGACAAGAAAAAAAAAUCAGAAUGAAGCAAUAAACCAGCCUGGACAGGAAUUAAGACAAAAGAGAAUCCUAGCUUUAAGAUGGUUUACAGUUCUUUUUUUGUGACUUAUCUAGCAAGACUAUUCCUUCACUAUGGAUAAAGUAGGGAUUAUCAUUAUUCUCACUGAUACAAAUUGCAUCCAGCAGAACAUGCCUGGAAGUGACAGGCAGAACAGGUACAAUGAAAAGGAAAAAAAAAACCCACAAGAGUUUCCCACAUUUACUAGAAGAUUGUGUCAAUCCUACAGAUAUAAAUGUUACAGGAAAUCAUGUGGCAGGUGAAAUAUAUUGUUACAGACAUACACACAUACCUAUCUCUCUGCUAUGCUUUGGGAACAAGUUCCUCACCAUUUGAGAUCUGGUCCACAAAUUACAAAAUCAAACAUACUUUAUCUUGCUUGAACUGCUUUUAUCCUGACUGCUUCCCCAAAACACCCUAAGUGCUAUUCCAACAGCCCUUUCUAGCAAGAUGAGACGCCAGAAGAAAAUCAAUUGUGCCCAGCUCAAAAACCUAAGCCACAGAGGUCGCAUGCAGUAUGAAAAAUAAGAGGGAGUUGAGAAGACUCCCUGCUGGACAGAUACAAGUAUAUGACCUUUUCUUCCUCCCUUCACCAUUUAGUUAGUGAAAAAUAAACUCUAGGAAGCUACUAGGCUUUGAUCAUAAAUAUGAAAGCCUAAAAUUAAUUCUGAAUUGUGCAACAAUGUCUGCUAACCGCUGAACUGCUUUAUUUUCUUAUAAUGGUAUGCUUUUGUAUAAGCUCUCUUUUGUGUUUUUAUUUCUUAUUUCUGAAUUAAAUGCAUUAAUCGACCUCUAGGAUUCAUUUUGUAUUUCUGCAUUUAAAAUAAAUGAUUUCUAAAGACCAGUGGAAUCACAGGCUGAAAAGAC